AUGUCCGCCACCUUCAAGUCCAUCCGAUCUCUCCAGCCCCUCCUCGACCGGGUACUUGUCCAGCGCUUCAAGGCCGAGACAAAAACAGCAACUGGUCUCUUCCUCCCCUCAUCAGCCACCUCCUCCCCUCUCCCAGAAGCCACCGUCAUCGCUGUAGGUCCCGGAGCACCAAGCAAGGACGGAUCGAUCGUACCCGUCUCGGUACAGGCAGGCGACAGGGUAUUGCUGCCCGGUUGGGGAGGUAGCCCGAUCAAGGUCGGAGAGGAUGAAUACCACCUGUUCAAGGAUUCGGAGAUCCUCGCCAAGAUCAACGAAUAG